CGACGCUCUCCGGUCGGGAUUAACGCCAUCGACGCUACCCGAUCUCCGUAGCACACGCGGCACGUCGCCACAGCAUCAGCGCGCAGCUCACCGAAUCCCGGCUUUCGCGGGCGCAAGCGGCAAAAGGGCAGCCUCUCCCACCACACCUCGACGAGCAGCGCCCGCUGCCACCAUCAACCAGCCACCAUGCCCGUCAUGGACGCCUUCAAGCAGACGUCGGCCUGUCCCACGGACUCCGUCGUGAGCAUCAAGGCCAGGCACGCCGAGCCCGUCCCGAACUCGCACAAGACGCCCGCGCCCGGCGCGUACACCAUACCAGGAGGAAUUGGGGAAAAAGCAGGCGUCUAUAAACGGGCCAAGGGCGGCCGCUUCGGGAAGGAACGGCGGGGCCAGGACCCCGAAGACCGGGAGAAGGCCUGCAAGCCCGGUCCGAAAUAUGCUCUCGGAAGCACGAUGGGCCGGCAGAUGCUGAGUACGCGGCCCGGCAGUCCCGCCACGAAGAUGGGCGGCCGCUACAGCGUCACCCCGAAAGUUGAUGAAUCGUUUACUUGUCGGGCGGAUAGCUUCUUGAGACCUUCCAGCAGCCCAAAUGCCCCCUGGGCGCCGCAGUACACGAUGGCGCACAAGGUGUCGCCGAUCAAGGCGGACCACGCGGACAACCCCGGGCCCGGGGCCUUCGAUCUGGAGAAGUAUACCAAAGUUGAGAGGACGCGCUACGGCUGCCCCGUGACCAUUAAGGUAAGGCACGGCGCCAAAGAUAGAACGGACGGCCCGGGGCCCAUGCGCUGCCGGACGGACUCGGGGUUUGGUCGUCAAAUCGUCUCCACGCAGAAGAACGGGCCCGCCUGUUCGUUUGGGAGGCGGGGGCGGGCGCGCAAGUUGGAUGAUGGUGGCCCGGGGCCCGGGGCCUACGGCUAGUAGGGGCGCGUAAUUUUAUCGUGAGUCUUGGUA